CAGGAUCAGUAGACGACAGCGAGCAGAAGAGCGGCCAAGGCGAGAACGGCGACGACGAGGACAAGGUCCUGCACGCGGGAGGUGCCCGCGCUGGGCGAGUUCCGUGGCGAAAGGCGACGUGCCAGCGGAAUAUCGAGGAUCUUGAUGCUCGGCGAUCAGGCGAGCCCCUCCCAAGCGGUGCCCUCCUCCUCCCCAGUCAUUCGCACGCUAUCGCCAAAGGCGAGCGGGCGGACAAGUUCAGGAUUCCUACGCCGAGCGCAGCAGGGCGGCCACCCAGGGCUCGCCUCUCAGCCGCUAGAUCCAUCGCGCCCGCCCAGAUUUGCAGGCUAAGCGCUCUCGUCGAGCACCCCAGGGCAUGCAGAAACCGGAUCCCAACGGACAACGGACUGAGGCGAACCCCAACCUCCGCCGGACCCGAGAGAUAUCCGUGCCACCUUAGCCCCCGGCUUUCUCGACGCCGC